ACGUUUGCACCUCUGAAACUUCCAUCUCUUCUCUUGCUCAUUUCCCCUUCUUAUAAGCCAGGCGGGAUGGUUCAGAACCAUACACAAGGCCAUGAUUUCAACCAGACAAACUCCUCGGGUGCACCCAUGCCUUCCUCCAAUAAUAAGCAGCAAGAUCAUGGGCUUAAGGUAGCUGCAGAAGUUGGGUUAUUUGUGGCACUUGCCAGUAUGGUACUGGUUCAUAUUUUCAUCUAUUUCAAUCUAUUCGACUUGUGUUUUUCUGACACCAAAACGGUCAUCGAAAAAGAAACAAGUUUGGGGAACUAUAUGUUGGCACUUAUGAACCUGCUAUGCCCUUUCCUGAAGCUGAUAAUUCAACGUGUAAGCAUGUCCAACGUGAUUCCCUUAAUUCAAUUGUUCAGUUUCCUUGUGAUUAUAUGGGCUGUUGCUGUAUUACUUCUUCUGGGUCCAAAAUUCUCUCGCAUUCAUUCUGUCAUGUUCUUUAUCUGGUCCAUUCUCCUCAUGCUCCAAGGAUCAGGUGCUUUAACCAUUGGAAUCUACCUUAUAAUACUUGGAUUAUUAUUCAUAUGGCCGUCCCGGAAAAAUGCAAAAACCAAAUCCGACGGAAAAGCUGCAGCCUAAGUUAGUGCGACUUGUAUCCAAUAAAUUUUAGAUUUGCAUUUAGUCUCUAAUAAAUUUUUAUUAUUUUAUAAAUAAA